UGAUAACGUCCAGAGCUGUAGGGCAACCGCGGCCUCUGUCUGUUCAGUGUCGGAUGAUGCCAAGCUGAGUCAUUUUUGGCGGUGGAUUUACUUUGUUGUUUUCCCAUGACAUACUCUCUCUUAGAAUGCCUCGCUGGUCUGAGCCAAACCAACGACCUACAGGCGAUGGCAGGAGUUAACUUCGGGCUAAGUCAAAACCUAAUAGCGCACGCUCUCGAUUCUUGAUAGUCAUGUUCUUCUAUGUUCUUCGUUUUGAAGAGGCUUGGAAAUGGCCACAGUUUCGGUUUUUGUCCUCCUGUUGUGCCUUCCAGGAGGAUGAAAUCAUGAAAUGAAUCACGGCAACCAGUCACUCUUGCCUCCUUCUACCUGCUUCAUUCCCCCAGUUUUCUAACCAAAACACCAUCACUUUAGUGAGCUCUGACACACCCCUGGAACCACCACAUCCAUUAUACAACCGACGUCAACAGAUAUCUCCUAUCUAGUAUGUGCCGCGAAACCUUCUGGCAGCUCCCUUGCGGCCACCCCCGUACCAUUCACAUGUUUUGCGAGGAAUUCUCUUUCAAGCCGGGCCCGCUAGAUCAGCCCUUGCCUUGUAUCAGGUUAACGAGAACUGAAGGUCACCUCGCCAGUAUAUACGCCUUCUGUACACACCCCGGGUGCCAGUACCAGGGGCUAGGUUGGUGGUGUUGCAGUUGCAAGCAGCGGAAUGUCGGAUCUCAAUGGGCAGGCGUCUGCUCAAACACCCCAACCCAUAUCAUUGCCAACCGGCGCCCCGACAUGCGGAUAGAACCCGGAUGCGGCCAUUGCCGUUGUGUUCAGUGCCAGAGUGAUCCUACUCACCUUCUAAUCAUAGGCACCGCGGAAGAGCUAAUCACAGGUCACAACAACGACGACUACCAAGGAGUUGAUGAGGAUAAAGAUGUUAAUUCGGGCCAGAAAGACAGCAAGGAUGACGGGAAUGAGGGAGCAGGACGCCGACAGGGUGGCAAUUAAGGGGGACAGUAAACACGGCAGUAUAGAAUGUGCUAACAGCAGUCCAAGGGAGCAGCAGAGGGACAAGGACGGACAGCAUUGCUCUACUAGUAUAAGAUAGCAAUACAAAGCGUGCGUAUUAAGCGUGUA